AUGAUGAGUACUAUUAUUUCAAUUAUCUUUAAAACGCUUGCAAUAAUAAUACCUCUGUUAGUGGCUAUAGCUUAUUUAACUUUAGCAGAGAGAAAGGUAUUAGGGUAUAUGCAAGCACGAAAAGGACCUAAUGUAGUUGGUGUCUAUGGACUAUUACAGCCUUUAGCUGACGGAUUAAAAUUAUUCACUAAAGAGAUGGCUAUUCCCAAUCAUGCUAAUUUGUCGGUUUAUAUUGUCGCCCCGAUUCUAUCGCUUACUUUAGCUUUUUUGGCUUGGGGGGUUAUUCCUUUUAGCCCUGGGAUUGUGCUGGCUGAUAUUAAUGUUGGUAUCUUAUAUAUUUUUGCUAUCAGUUCUAUUGGGGUGUAUGCUAUUUUAAUGUCUGGUUGGGGAAGUAAUUCUAAAUAUGCAUUCUUAGGGGCUAUCAGAGCAGCAGCUCAAAUGAUUAGCUAUGAAGUGUGUAUAGGGCUUAUUCUAAUAUCAGUAAUAUUAUGUGCAGGUUCUCUUAAUAUUACUAAGGUUGUUUUAGCUCAAGCCGAGAUUUGGUAUAUAAUACCUUUAUUUCCAGCUGCUUUAAUGUUUUUUGCUUCGGCAUUAGCUGAAACUAAUCGGGCUCCUUUUGAUCUUACCGAGGGAGAAUCAGAGUUAGUAUCUGGAUAUAAUGUCGAAUAUUCUAGCAUGUCGUUUGCCCUAUUCUUUUUAGCUGAAUACGGCCAUAUUAUUCUAAUGAGCUGUUUGAUAAGUUUAUUGUUUUUAGGUGGUUGGGCACCUUUUACAGGGAUUCUAGGAAUGGGCUGCUUAGCCCUUAAAACCACCGUAGUAGUGUUCGCAUUUGUGUGGGUGCGAGCUUCUUUCCCUAGAAUGAGAUAUGACCAACUUAUGUAUUUAUUGUGGAAGUCUUACUUGCCUUUCAGUCUUGGUUUAAUCGUUUUAGUUUCUGGCCUGUUGAUAGGUUUAGAUGCAGUGCCUUGCUAG